CGAGUCCAGUGAUCAUUAAAAAGGGGAAGAGAAUAGAAACGAGAAAAAGAAAAGAGAAAGAGAAAGAGAAACCAUUGAAAAAAAAAGGACAAAGAAAACGCAUACCUCCGAGAAAACAAGUUCAACUCUCCAAGAGAAAUCAUCAUGAAGGCCUCGAGCAACCCCGUGUCUCUUCCUCCUCUCCCACCGAACUACGCCAAAGCGCUCGAGCUCAUAGACGAUGCGCACAAGGAAGACCCGAAGCAAACGACAACUGCACCACUGAUGCCAUACGAGCUUCACUACGCCCAGAAAAUGACGCGAUGGCUGGCGGCCCGGUGCCCGGACGCCGCGCCGGUCCUCCAGCUGGCCUGCCGAGCGCAGCACUUCCGCCGCUGGGAGAUCCCGCGUUCCAGCUACCCCAUGACCCGGGCCGGCUACCUCACCUGGCGCGCCAAGCUUAAGGCCCAAUGCGCGGAGCAGGUAGCCACACUGCUGGCGUCGUCGCCGGCCAUCCAGCCCCCGCUGCCCGAGGAGGACGUCGCGCGGGUGGCGGCGCUGAUGCGCAAGGAAGGGCUGGGGAAAGGAGGCGGCACCGGGGCGGAUGCGGAGACGCAGGUGCUCGAGGACGUGGCGUGCCUUGUGUUCCUGGAUGACCAAUUUGAGGACUUCAAGACGCGUGAGGGGAUCGACGAGGACAAGAUCGUCGGGAUCCUGCGCAAGACGUGGGGGAAGAUGAGCGACCGGGGACGGCAGCUUGCGUUGGGGAUGGACCUGAGCGACAGGGCGCGGGCCUUAGUCUUGAAAGCGCUCGAGGAGGAAUGAAUGAAAUACAUGGGAUACCACGACUUUUUUUCCCCUAGAAGCCGGAUACCAUGGUACGAACAUGAAGGAUGGCAUCGAUCCCAUGGUUUCCUUGUUUUCUUGUCUCUCUCUGCCUCUCCUCAUGAGAUCAACAACAAUAGGAGAAUUUCCGGGACCGCCCUGAUGCCCUGAUCACCUCCACAGCCGCCACCAUCUGUCGUCAGUCAUCUACAGCUCAACCCCUCGUCUCCUAUUUCCCCCCUUCUCCUGGCCUCCCCUCGGUACAAAUUGCACCGAAACCCAUCAUCUGGUCUCUCGUCCACGGACUGACUACCUUCCGAUCACCUUCUUCUCGCUUCCCCCCCCC